AUGCUGGGCCGUCGCGCGUCCUCACCACGAUACAUUCAGGAGCACCGCGAACUGCGCACCAUACGCUCGGAGGCGCGCCGCCUGCAGCAGGAGCUGCACCUCGCGUCGGCGCGCGAGGCGGCGCUCGCGCAGCAGCUGGGCCGCAGCCGCGCUGAGGCCGCGGAGCUCGGGGCGCGCCUCGCCAGCGUCCAGGACUCGUCGCGCGCGUCGAAGCGGUCGGCGCGGGAGGCGCUGGCUGAGCUGGCGGAGGAGAAUGCGAAGCUGGUGGCUGCCUAUGAGGCUGAGAAGGAGGACCGUGCCGCAUGGGAGCAGCGGCUGCGGGCGCUGCAGCUUGAGCUGGAGGUGUCCAAACAGGAGGCACUUGAGCUGCGGCAGCAGGUGGCCCGCCUGACGUCCGCCGCGCACCAGCAGGCGGAGCGCGAGGAGGAGGAGCAGGAGCGGCGGCGGCGUGAUCAGCAGCGGGAGGAGCGGUGGCAGCGGCGUGGGGAAGAGAAGGAGGAGGAGGAGGAAGAUCAGGAGGGGGAGGGAGACCAUGGCAGCGGCAAGGAGCCGCCUCAGCUGCCUGCGGUGCAGCAGGCAGGCGGCAGCGGCCGCGACGCCGAGCGGCGAGAGUGGGUCGCGGGAGUCUGGCGCUACGGCGUUUGGCGGGCGGCUCGGGCGCGGCAGCACGCCGUGCACAACGCCAUCCCCAGCAGGCAGCGGCAGCCGUCUGCUGACGGCGGCGACGCGGAUGGCGGCCUGUUUGGCAGGUGGGACAGCGCCGGCCCCGCAGCCACGGCGGCCGAGGCGACCGCGCUGUCCGCCGCAGCGGCGGCUCUGCACCGGCUGCGGCAGCAGGUGGCGAGGCAGGCGCAGGAGCAGGGCGUCUCGCUGGCGCCCAGGGCCGUCGUCGGGGCCAGCGCCCUGCAGCACAUGGCGGAGCGCAACAGGGCGCUGGAGCGCGAACUAAUGGCGAUGCGGGCGCAGAGGGAUGCAGACCGGUCGCGCGCCGAGCAACACGGCGCUGAGCAGCAAGCCGGUGCGGCGGGCAGCCAGCCGGCGCCGCAGCAUCAGCAGCAGCGGCAGCAGGAGCAGGAGCAGCAAGGGCAGGAGCAGGGGCAGCAGCAGCGGCCAGUGCGGGUCGAGCAACAGCAGCAGCAGGCGGAGCGGGCGCAGCCGGCGCUGCGACCGGGCGAGCAGGACGCGGCGCAGCAGCAGCGGCCGGACCAGGUGCCGGGCGACGGGGACCCCCAGCAGGAGGGGCGCGGGCCCAGGGCUGACAUGCCGCUUAUGGCCCAGCGUGGCGACGGCAAGGGGACCCAGCAGCAACACUCGGCCAAGGACCAAUGCGGCCCCUCAGACCAGGAGCUCAACGGGGACGCGGAGCCCAUCGCAGCUCCUGCUGCAGCAGCCGCCACGACCGCGGCGCCGCAGCCGGACCAGGCGCACCGGCAAGCCUCGGCCGACGCGGCGGCGGCCGCUGAGGCGGUGGCGGCGCGCCAGGCGGAGGAGGUGGCGGCGCGCCAGGCGGAGGAGGUGGCGGCGCUGCGGCGCCAGGCGGCAUACCUGGCCGCGGAGAACGCGCGGCUGCAGCGGUCCGUGGCGGAGGCGGCGGCGCUCAAGGCGCGCGUUGAGCGGCUGCAGCAGGCAGAGAAGCUGAAGCAGCUGGGCAACCGGUCCUACCAGGGCCGCCAGCACCGCGCCGCCUACCGCUACUACACAGAGGCCCUGCAGCUCAAGGUGGAGGACGCCACGUUCAACGCGGUGCUGUACUGCAACCGCGCCGCGGCGCUGCAGGCGCUGGGCCACCACCUGGACGCUGUCGCAGACUGCUGCGUGGCCGCCCACCUGGACGGACGCUACCCCCGCGUGCUGCAGCGCCGCGCCGAGGCGUUUGGGGCGAUCGGGGACUAUGGCAGCGCAUGCGCCGACCUGCAAAGGCUCUGCGAGCUGGUCCAAGCGCAGCACGCCGCCCAGCAGGCGCAGCACGCCGCACGCGCCGCCGCCGGGGCGGGCGCCGGCAAAGAGGUGCACGCGGACGAGGACGGCGGCGGCGGCGCGGACGCGGCCGCGGUGCGUGAGGCGCGGGCGCGGAUGCAGGAAGCAGAGCAGAAGCUGGCCGCGCGCGGGCGGGAGGGGGUGGACCACUAUUCGGUGCUGGGGCUGCCGCCCAGCGCGACGGCGGCGGACGUCAAGGCGUCUUACAGGCGCCUGGCCCUCAAAUACCACCCGGACAAGGCCACCCACGCGUCCCACAAGGCCGCUGCUGACGUCAUCUUCAAGCUGGUCACGGCUGCGUACUCGGUGCUGUCAGACCCCCAGAAGCGCUCGGAACACGACCGCCGGCGAGCGCUGGGCGUUGGGGCAUUUGGCGGCCUGGGCGCCGCAGCCGCCGCGGCGCACGCGCAUGCGCACCGGCCGUUUGCCUCGGGGGCGGCGGGAGGGGCGGCAGGCCCCAUGAGCGACGCGGGGGACAGCAGCCGGCACUCCUACUCGACUGGCGCGUCGGGCGCGGGCUCGAGUGCCGCCAGCGACACCAGCGAUGCCGCCGCGCUCAACGCCCUCGCGGACAGGGGCGACAACAAUGAUGGCUCCAUGGACGACCUCAUGGACUCAACGCGCAAGCUGGAUGAAGGGAUCUUUGCCAUGCUCGUGCUGCUCAACAAGAACCGCGGCCUGGUGGACAUCCGCUGGGUGCUGCUGCGCAUGCUGUUCGAGUGCCUGCAGCUCUUCCGCAUUGUGUUCAACACCUACUUCACGGCGUGGUCGAUCAACAAGGAGCAGUGGGCUUUCAAAGCCAUCCACUGGGUCCUGAUCAGAGGGCUGGUGUUUCCUAAGGGCUAUGACAUGUACAUCAGGGUGUUCUACGCCCUGGCGGCCAUCGUCUUUGUCAGCCUCAUACUGGCCGCCUGGCUCGCCAUCGUCCUAAAAAAAGAUGAUGCGACAGAAGCCGGCUGGACGGGCAAGCUGAUCGCCUUUCUGCAGUUCCUGUGUUUUCUGGUCUACACGGUCUGCUGGAUCACCAUCCUGGACUUUGUCGUGUUCCGUGAGCGACACAACGAGCAGCAGCGCGCCGCAUGCUCCCACACUGCGCGCAAUUCUGCUUGCAUCGGGCGAGCCUGGGGCGCGGCGCUCCAUGACCAAGGGAUGGAAUUCAACUGCAAGUGGGCGGCCAUCGGCUCGGGCGCGUCCAACGUGGUGCACAUGUACUUCGGCAACAGCUGCCUGGCCAUGCCCCACCUGGCGCACAUGGUCUUUGCGGUGGUGGUCUUCUUUGUCUUCUGCACCGCCUGCUUGGCCCUGUCGGUUGGCGACUGCGACCUCAACCCGUUGACGCGCAACGUGCUGGCCACGCCGUCGUGA